CCGUUUGAAAGAUUGUGUUCAAUUCACAGGUGGUACCUAUGACGUGUUAAUUUACAACCGCCAUAGGUAUGUUUAGGUAGGCACGCCGAAAUAUUAUCCGCCGAGCCUAUACACGCCAACACCCGUGCAGUCCAAAUCUGGACCGACUACUGUGCAGCAGAGUUUAGCCUCGAUCGAUCGAUCACCGGAAACGCCGUCAUCGUCAUGCAGGCCUCGCCGUCUACGAAUAUCCACUACACCUCCCACACGUCAAACUAUUCGUUCACAUUGUUCAAGGAAUUGAGCACUUCCGUCGAUGGCAAUUUGUUCGUCUCCACUUACAGCGUGCAAUUUUUGUUGUUGCUCCUGGCUUUCGGCUCCAAGUCAAAGACCGGCGAUCAACUCAAGACGCUCCUGCGAUUGCCACAAAAGAUUGCUCCGAAUUACGACAACAUCAAGUCGGUCAUCACAAACAUCGAAGACCCUGAUUAUUUAACCAUUGCCAAUGGAGUUUUCACGGAUAUGGCGUUCGUUUUGAGAGACGAUUACGUGGAAAAGGCUCGUAUCUACAUGAAUUCCGAAGUGAAAAGUCUCGAUUUCGCCGGAAAUUCUGCAAACGAAGUAUUGGAAAUCAACAAGUGGGCUGAACAUAAGACCAACGGAAAGAUUUCCAACAUUUUCGAACCAGGUACCAUUGACAGGGAUACGGUGUUGGUUUUGGCCUCGGCCGUGCACUUUCGAAAUGAGUGGAAAAACCGAUUCACUGAUACGAAGAACGCGAGUUUCUGCCUUACGCCUUCAAAGCAUAUUGACGUCGUAAUGAUGCAGCGAAGAGGCAUUUUAAGAUACUACAAGGACGACGGUUACAAGUUCUCCGCCGUCGAAUUGCCGUACAAAGCAGGUGGUUUCGACAUGUUGGUCAUACUGCCGGACAGGGUGGACGGAUUAGAAGAAUUGGAAAACUCGUUUCUGAAGAACUCCAAAAACUUCGCGUACUUGCAGGGCAAUCUGACCGUCCACGAUGUCACGGUGGAUGUACCGAAGUUUAAGUUCGAGUCGGACGUCAGUCUCGUAAAAACAUUGGAAAAAUUGGGCUGCACCGAGAUGUUCACGUCGAGUGCCGAUUUCUCUUACAUUAGUACAUCUGCAGCGGGUAAGCUGAAAGUUAGUGACAUCAAACAUAAGUCGUUCGCGAACAUCGACGAAAACGGCACCGAAGCCACAGGCGUCGCCGACAUCGGCGUGAACCUGAGAACGUCGGAAGACAGACCGAGCGACAUCAAGGCCGUUAAGUUCCACGCGUGCCAUCCGUUCAUGUUCAUUAUAAAAAAAAACGCGAAUAUAAUUUUUAUGGGUAGAUUGUCCAACCCGAACGCUUAGUGACUGAUAAUAUAAUAAUAUUAUAUACGCACAUUAAUAUUAAUUGUAAUAUAUAUAUAUAUAUGUGUUCAUAUUACUCCAGUCAUUAUAAUAUUAUAUUUGUUGAUAUUUUAUUAGUUAUAAGUACAUUUUAAUAAAGAGUAAUUAUAAUGGCUUGUAACAAUGUCCUACUUAACAUCGAUAACAGAUAUGACUGCAGACCGUCUAAAAUUAACAAAAUUACAAUAAUUGUUUGUAAGUAUAAUAUUGAAGUGUGUAUAGUUUGUAACAAAAAUAUUUGUUAUUAUAUAAAUUGUUAUUCGUCUUAGAGUCAAUCUCAACCGGUACGUUUUAAUGUGAUUAUGAGUCAUCUCAUAUACAUGCUCUACAUAAUGAUGUAUUUAAAAAAAAAAUACAUUUUAGAUUGCAUCACUGCCAAUA